AUGCCUGAAUACAAACUCACCGGCUCCUCGCCCAGCGAGAUCAAGAACGGAGACAAGGUUGAAGUUCAAGUGGAAGGCCUUGAGGGAGUGAAGCUUCUUCUCGUGAAACUUGACGACAAAGUCCAUGGCCUUACCGCUAGAUGUACACAUUACGGAGCGCCCAUGGUCAAGGGUGUUCUCACUCCUGAUGCAAGAAUAACCUGUCCGUGGCAUGGAGCUUGUUUCAAUGUUAUUAGUGGAGAUGUGGAAGAUGCUCCCGCUCCAAAUGCACUGAACAAGUAUGACAUUUCUGAAAAGGAUGGAGCGUUUUAUGUCCAGUCCGAUGAGGCAUCCCUCAAAGCAUGGGGCAGGGAACCAGUGAAGACCUGCAAGGUUGCUGGAAACGACAAAGUUGUUGUUGUUGGAGGAGGGAGCGGAGCGUUCGGUACCAUUGAAUCUCUCAGAGAGCUCGGAUAUAGUGGAAAUAUCACCAUGAUAUCAAAAGAGCCAAACCUUCCGUUAGACAGGACAAAGUUCUCCAAGGCAUUGAUAGCCGACCCUUCAAAGAUCGAACUCAGAUCCAAGGAUUGGUACUCGGGCGUCUCUGUAGAGACGGUUUCCGACGAAGUGACUUCUGUAGACUUCGAGAACAAAUCAGUGGCUACAAAGUCCGGAAAGUCAUACCCAUAUACCAAACUUGUCUUGGCAACAGGAGGUACUCCUAGAGUCCUGCCACUUCCAGGUUUCAAAGAGUUGGGCAAUGUCUUCACUCUUCGGUAUGUCACGGAUGUCCAGGCCAUCUUGGCCGCAGUGGGAGAGAAGGGUAAGAACAUCGUCGUCAUCGGAAGCUCUUUCAUUGGUAUGGAAGUAGGCAAUGCACUGGCAAAGGAGAACAAGGUUACCAUUGUUGGGAUGGAGUCUGCACCUCUAGAGCGCGUUAUGGGAGCAGAGGUCGGCCGCAUUUUCCAACGUAACCUAGAGAAAUCAGGUGUGAAAUUCCACAUGUCCGCAUCUGUGGAGAAAGCCACUCCAUCCUCUGCAGACUCGUCCAAGGUCGGUGCAGUACACUUGAAGGAUGGGACCGAAUUGCCGGCUGAUCUAGUCAUACUCGGCGUUGGUGUUGCUCCUGCAACCGAAUAUAUCAAAGAGAACCCUGCAGUAACACUUGAAGGAGAUGGGUCUCUCAGGACGGAUGAGUCCUUCGCUGUUCAGGGCCUAAAGGACGUCUACGCCAUAGGAGACAUUGCCACAUAUCCUUACCAUGGCCCUGGAGGGCAAGAGGGUAAAGUUCAUGUUCGUAUCGAACAUUGGAACGUGGCCCAAAACUCCGGUCGUAGCGUUGGCCGCACCAUUGCACACUCAGCAACAUCCAGCCAUCCUAUAAAGCCAAAGGCGUUCAUUCCAAUCUUCUGGUCGGCAUUAGGUGCUCAGCUCCGGUACUGUGGUAACACAGCUAACGGAUAUGAUGAUGUUGUCAUGAAAGGGCAGCCAGAGAAUGCGAAGUUUGCAGCCUUUUAUACCUCUGGUGACACAGUAGUAGCAGUUGCUACCAUGGGAAUGGAUCCGAUCAAUUCCAAGAGUGCUGAGCUCAUGAGAAGGGGAAAUAUGCCUGGGAAGAAGGAACUGAUUGCAGGAACUGAUGUGUUGACUGUUGACGUCCCUGGCAAGGUGGUCAUGUAA